CACACACGCCUCAGCCGUUUAUACCAUUUAGGGAAGUGACGGGGCUUGUCAGGAGCUAACUGCGCCCUUUCAUCCAAAAGUUCUAAUGAGAAAGCAAAUGAAUGGAAUCGACGGUACGAAUUGAGAACGGAUUGUUAUAACAGGGCCAACGGUAACGGUGAAUGUUUUUGGACCUUCACAUACAGUCGACGAAUAAAUAUAUGUUUUUUUUUACAGCCAACCAUGAAUCUGCAAUUACCUACAUCUGCAACAUGGCUGCUAGGAGGACGCUAGUGGGAAAAGUUUAUUAAGAGUACUGACGUGGGAGAAGUUUUAUACUAAUCCAGUCCAGUGCAGCAGAAAUUGUUGGAUAAACAAUAUUUUUUUUCUAUCGCCUCGGAUUGAACAAACGAACGGAACACUGGAUUACCGAGUAAAUGCAGAGGAGUGCAAGACCACUUUCUCAAUAGACUUUACCUUCUAGAUUUGUGGUGCCCUUUUCAUCCAAAAUAGUGGUCCUCUCGUCCUGUGGUCCAUCUAAAAUGCAUUUCUCCAUUCCGGAAACGGAGGUUCGUUCGGGAGAAAAUGGAUCAACAUACGUGGCCUUCAACAUCCAUGUGAAUAGUGUUCUGCACUGUCAGGUACGCUAUAGACAGCUGCUCGGCCUACACCAACAGAUAAAGAAAGAGUACGGGAACAACGUGGUGCCUGCUUUCCCGCCAAAGAAGAUAUUCACGCUGACGCCGGCCGAGGUGGAGCAGAGACGAGAACAGCUGGAGAAAUACAUGCAAGCUGUGCGACAGGACCCCAUGCUUGGAGCCAGUGAGAUGUUCAACAGCUUUCUAAGGAAAGCCCAGCAGGCGUCGAAGCUGGACCUUCCAGACGACCUUGCUGGUUACUUCAGUCUCUUCCUGGUUCGGGAAGGAGUGGACGGGGGCUUAACGUUUGUGAGGAAG